AUGGCAGACUUCACCGACAAUCUCAAGCCCUUGUACGACGGUACAGCAACACUCCAGGCUGAGCGCGACGGCUCGCGCAUCGAUGUCGAUGAACUUGCACACCACCUCCUCGGCCGUGAUGACUUUCUUGAACGGCAGAAAAAGGUCCUCGCCGUCUUGAGCAAGGAGAAGCUCUUCCAAAAAGACCAGCAACUCAAUCUAUCGCGGCCUGACCGGUACCACCUGGGUCUCGCGCGGGCAAAAGCCAUCCAGAGGCUGAAGAGGCAACAGUGCUGGGAUGACGAGGACUGUAAGAUGGCGGAGUAUCUCGUCGACGAGCCGAGCCCAUACUUCUUGCACACGGCCAUGUUCGUCACAACAGUGGGCGAGCAAGGCUUCGAGGAACAGCAAAAUUACUGGAUGCCCAGGAUUGUCAACUACGACAUCAUUGGGUGCUAUGCGCAGACUGAGCUUGGCCAUGGCAGCAACGUCAGAGGGCUGGAAACCGUCGCCCUGUGGGACCCAAUGAAAAAGGAAUUUGAGAUACACAGUCCAAGUCUGACUGCCAGCAAAUGGUGGAAUGGGUCAAUGGGGAGGACUGCCACACAUGCCAUCGUAGUGGCGCAACUAGUUUUGCCAAAAUCACGUAACCUGCCCAAAGAGAGUAAAGUUUCGAAACCGAAAAGUCUCGACUCGGAUUACGUCGCCCACGGCCCGCAGACAUUCAUCCUGCAGAUCCGGGAUGAGAAGACGCAUCAACCUCUGCCUGGAAUAGCGGUGGGUGACAUCGGGCCGAAAUAUGGCUACGCCAGUAUGGAUAAUGGAUACAUGGUCUUUAACCACUUUCGCGUGCCCAAGUCGGCUAUGCUGAGCCGGUAUGCUGAGGUGUCAGACGAGACGGGCGCAUUCGUGCGGAGAGGACAUCCGGCUGUUGUGUACGGAAGCUUAACGUUUGUUCGAGGACAAAUCAUCAUGCAUGCAAGACUAGUCCUUGCACGGGCAGUCACUGUCGCAGUGAGGUACUGUGCCAUCAGGCGACAGUUCAAGGAUCGUGAUUCCACCGAUCCGUCCGACGAGGAGAUGAAGGUGCUCGACUAUCCGACCGUGCAGAUACGUAUCUUGCCACUGCUUGCAACUGCUUUCGCACUGCAUUACACGGGUGAAUACAUGUAUACGCUGUAUCAGAGGUCGCGGGAGAUGAUAGAGACUGGAGAUUUCGGUCCCUUGGCGGAAUUGCACAGCGCAAGCUCGGGGCUGAAGAGUCUUUGCACGACGCUUGCUGCUGAUGGCAUUGAAACGUGUCGACGUGCAAUGGGUGGCCAUGGAUAUGGCGGUGGCAGCGGCCUUGUUGGACUCAAUGCUGACUACCUCUCCAAACCGACGGUCGAGGGAGAUAAUUGGAUGAUUACGCAACAAGUGGCCGCGUAUCUGAUCAAGAAAAUGAGCAAUGCCAUCGAACAUCCUGACGCGCCACCCAAAGACCCAACGGAUGAACUGUUCAGGUUCUACCUCAAGAACCGCAAUUAUCACAUGCCUCAGGAAGUAGUAAAGGACGGAUCAAUAUAUGAUCAGACUAUACUCAAGGUCUUUCAAUGGCGGACAGCAGACCUGUCAUACCGCGCCUAUCAGGCUCGCGUGGUGGAGAGGCAGUCGUGGACACACCUGAUGAUACAGCUCCACAGUCUCAGUCGUGCAUACUCUGAGCAGAUUCUCGUCACCAACUUCUACAAUGGCCUAGGCUCUGUCUCUCCGGCCAACCAGUCUGCUUUGCGAACAUGCUUCCGGCUCUACGCCUUGUACACACUUGAUCAGUAUGCUUCCUCGUUUACUAUGACGGGUGCUGUUUCACCCGAGUCGGUACAUGCUUUACAAAACACGGUACUUGAUUUAAUGACCGAGCUGCGGCCAGACGCUGUAAAGCUUGUAGAUGCAUGGUCGAUACCAGACUUUCUUCUGAACAGUACACUUGGGAGGCAUGACGGUAAGGUGUAUGAGGAGUUGUUCGACAUGGCGCAUCGCAAGAACCCAUUGAACCAGGUCACUUUUAAUGUGGACUGGCGUAGUGACGAGAUUGUGCUGGGCAGUGGAGAUGGGGGGCGGCAUGUGUUGGCGAAGCUGUAA